AUGGAGCCUGGAGGACUCUUCUUCAAAUACUCCGACAUCAAGCUGGAGGAGAACAUGGAAGCUUCCUUCAGCCUCAACUCUCCUGGAGCAAACUGCAGCAGCAACAGUGCGUUUGGCCCCAACGAGUGCUGCCUCCAGUUCGGCGUCGGCAUCGACGCGACCGUGCAUGCGGUGCUCCCAAAGGAGCUGACCAAGGAUGCGGUGAUGACCACAAAAGUUUCAGCGUGGUAUAAGGGGUGGAUUCCCCUUUGGGACUCGAUGACCUGCAAAAUCUGCGGCGAGCCUUGCAACGCCUGCCCCUCCAUUAGCCAGUACCUGCCCUCCGUGUUCCCGUGCCAGCCUCAACCCACGCCCGACUGCCCGAUUCCGGCUGGAUCGGUGAAUGAAAAGGCCAGCGUGACCCUACCGGUCGAUGUGCAAAAGACGGUUGCCGGCAGUAAGGCCACUGUGACUUACUCCCUCACGCGUGCGGACGGCUCCAUAGUGACCUCUGGCGAGAUCUUUGCCAAGGAUCUGAUCAAGAAGGAAGCGUCCGCGCAGGACUCCCGCCGGCCCGAGGCGCAGCGAGUCCGCGAGGCGGAGACGAAGCAGAAAAGGGUCGACGAGCACAUGCGCAGCGCCUGCAACCUCCAUGCGCACUCCAUCCUCAUGCUCCGAAAUGUGGACCUAGAGGAGGACGGCCCGACCACCGUUUCCAGGCUCCUGUCAUCGUUCGCCUUCCUGUCCAUGCCGGGAGCUGUGCUGUUGCUGGUACUUUAUGUUGUAGUUAUGACGGUUACUCUUGGGUGA